CCUAGCAUGUGUUUAAUAGUAAAUAUAGUAAUCGGCCUAGAUUAUUUCUCCGGCAAGAUGCUUUUUACUUUUUGAAUAUUGGUCCAUAAAUAAAACGGGAUUCAGACUCGCUACUGACCAAUUUUCUUUCUUCAAUAAAACUCAACUUUUACUGAAGAUAUCGGAAGAAUGUUUUCUACAGUGAAUGCCCCAAUUUCUCUCACUUGUAUUGGUGUGCUUUUAUGAAAAGAAUCAUGCUACUAUAAAUUUGCAUGUUCCUCUUGGUUACCCUCUGGUGACAGUGAGUCCGCCACAUUUUCACACUUCUGUCGCACAGCGUGUGGUAUUUCCAUGUAGUGAUCUCUGGCAAAUUCAAUUAAUAAGUGAUAAGAGGAGAUUAAAUGAAGAAUGUAGAAUAGAUCACAGUAAUCGCUGAAAUUCUACAGAACAAUACUUUGUCUUUACCAAUUUAGGCCGCUUUAGUGACAAUGCUAUAUAUAAUGAUUACUCCUUUUCAAAAUUCCCUCAAUGACCCAUUCACACAAGGCGUGACAAGGGCCCUUCUCAAUAGAAAAUAAUGUGUCAUAAGGUGUUGCUCAGCUUUAAUGCUAAAGAUCUGUGGUCUCUGACUUGUUUAUUUUUAUCAGUUUCUUCUUUUAUCGUUGGUUUCUUUUUUUUUCUUCCUUGAGAAUGAUGAGCUUGUCCCUGUCUAACGCGUCUGCCCGCGAGUGGUUCUCCAAGACGAGGGAGAGCGUCAGGCCAUGGGCAGAGUUUGUCCACACCAAGAGAUUUGGCGUGCCAAAAUCCAUCGUUCCGGUGCCCAAAAGAAUUGUGAAGAACAUCGACACUUUUCAGGGAAAUUACCUGUUUGUGUUCAUGGGUCUUGUCGUUUUCUGCAUUUUGACCUCCCCAUUCCUGCUGGUGGCCUUGGCCGCAUGUUUCGGCGCCUGCUUCUUGAUCAGCGUGAAGAAUCAGGACAAGAAAAUCACCGUCAUGG